AUGGUAACUUGCCGCCCGUCCAGAAUCAGACCCAAGCGUACGGAAGCGCCUAGCAUUCCACGCGCGCUUCAAAGAGUCAAUGGACCACCACAGACGGGACUCUACAGGGCAGAUCAGCCAGAGUUGCGGGGCAAGCGCAAUAGAAGGAACGGCGGCUUUAGUCCGGGAGAGAGCUACACAGACUACGUGGCAACGCGGUGGUACCGAGCGCCAGAACUGCUGGUCGGCGACACCAUGUACAGCACUCCUGUGGACGUGUGGGCUAUCGGUUGCGUCUUCGCGGAACUACUGUCAGGCGAGGCAUUGUGGCCGGGUAAAAGCGACCUAGACCAAUUAUACUUAAUACGAAAAACUCUUGGGGAUCUACUGCCCAGGCAUAUGACAAUAUUCUCACAAAAUACAUUUUUUCAGGGUAUGGCGCUGCCGGAGCCAACCUCAGUGGAACCACUACAAAAGAAAAUACCUCAGCGGUACUCCUCCAACGAACUGGUGCUAGACUUUUUGCAUAAAUGCUUAGACAAAGACCCAAUGGUGCGAUGGACCUGCGAGCAACUGCUGAGGCAUCCCAUCUUCGAGAACUUUCUCUUCACAGUACCACAUUCAGACCACGAGGAGUAUGAAAAAUCAAGAAGAGCGCAGGUCCAGUCAUCACCCCUGCUGCCCCAACUGAUAGUGACGGACCGAAACCAGCAGAACAAGAACAAGAAGACAGAGCUCGACUCCAGGAGUCACCUGCCCACCAUCUGACUAGCGCCGCGCGCGCGCAUUCUACCCUCGUUGUGAUUAAAUGUUC